AUGAAGUUGAUUAGUGCUUUGCUCGCAGCUUUGGCUGUUGGCGAUGCUUUUGCUGCUGUGGCGACCACUCUAGCCACCCAGACCGCCAGUCCGGUAACUUCUGUUCCAGGCACGACUUCUCCAGUUUCGAGUCCAGUAUCCACCCCCGGAACCCAAGUUUCGGAGACUAUUGUACCUCCAAGCGAGCCUUCCUACCCACCAGCAACUGGUACACCAGGACCAGUUGAUCAGCAAAUCGAUUCAGUCGUUUCUGAGUUGAGGAGCAAUGUUGUCAACAUUAAUGCCAGAUAUAAUGCGACUUGUGCAAAUUCCUGCAACGCUGGCCAUAUUCAAGCCUGGGGUGAUGAGCACGCCAAAGUUGCCGAUGUUGCUUUGACCAAGCUCAGAGCCAUCCCUGUUGGAUAUGUCUACUGGUGGUACCCAAGACUGGUCUGGAACCUUGGUUGGAUCUGGAUUGAAAUCUACUAUACUCUUUACUUCAUCUGGUUCCGCGCUGGACUUGUCUGGGAGUUGAUCUACUUCAACCGUUAUCUCUGGAACUUUUAUGUUUCAUGGAGAGCUCUCUUCUGGUACUUUGGCCGAUUCGCUGCUUCUGGCCAUACUGGUACGGAUGGUUUUACCGCUACUACUGGGGAUGGGGAUGGGUUUGGUGGAGUUGGUGGAGAGUUUUCUGGUGGUGGUAGAUGCAGCACCUCGUGCCUGGGACCUGGUUACGAGGAGCUUCGGACAAAGCAACCUUAG